CGCGCGCUGUUGCCCUCCGGGAUUUGACUUGAUUGCAAGUGUAUCUCUAAAAUAUAUAUCGCUCAAAUCGGUGGCAAGAUGAAUUCGCAAUCGGCAGUGCGUCGGUAUCCACACAGUUUUUCCAUCGAACAAAUUCUGGCCAAGCCGGAAAUGCGUAACUCCGCAUCCUUCGAAGACUCGGUGCUGGAUGAUAGUGGUCGUGGUGGUCAAUGUGUUGGUGUUUCCCGGGUGUCCAGUCCGGCAACUUCGAGUUGCUUGGAGGACAACAUGGACGACGGCAAAAGUGAUAUCGACUUGGCCUCCGAUGAUGGAAACGGCCUUGGUGAUGACCGCAAAAAGCGGCCGAGAACCGCCUUCUCGGCGGCCCAAAUCAAAGCCCUGGAAACGGAGUUCGAGAGGGGAAAGUAUCUCUCGGUGGCCAAGCGAACGGCGCUGGCCAAGCAGCUGCAGCUCACAGAAACGCAGAUCAAGAUCUGGUUCCAGAACCGCCGCACCAAGUGGAAGCGCAAGUACACCUCGGACGUGGAAACGCUGGCCUCGCAUUACUACGCCCAGCUGGGCAUCGGCGGAUUGGCCAGGCCCAUGGUGGUUGGCGAUCGCCUUUGGCUGUUCAGCCAAACGCCAACGGGUCCCACGCCCAUACAGUCCAUCAUGCUGAACGGCAGUGGCUCCGCUCCUCCCAUGGCAACGGCCACGGCCACGGUGGCCAACGGCUCACCCAUGCGUCCGUAUCCGACGAGCGGCGGCAUGCCGCCGUUGCCGGGUCCCAGUGUGAUGGAGAGUGCCCGUAACGCGAUUCUGGCACGCGGACAACCGUUGAACUUCGCGCUGCCCUUUGGCGUGGCCAAGUCACCGGCGGGCGGUGUGCCUUCAGCCAGCUACAUCCCGCGCUGCAAGCCGUAUGCGGCCAGCUAUGUGGACUACGCGGCGUCGCUGCCGUCCAGCGAAAGCUAUCUGCAGAUGAAGUAUGCGACACUGCCGCCGGAAACGGAAAGCGGCACCUCCAAUGGGCUGGCCGAACUGGAACGCGUCUUUGGGGAUGCCAAUGCCAACUUUCUGCAGCAACGCAGCACUCCAGCCGCUGGAGCAGCAACAUCCUACGGCCACGAGGGCUUAAACCAGGCCCAAAGAAGCCGCAGACCCACGCAAUCGGAGUCCGAGUGCAGCGACAUUGACUGCGAGCAUCUGGACGAGGAUGAGGAGCCACCGGCUGUGGAGUGAAACAGCGAUUGGUUAUCUUUAGAAUUUAUGUUCCGUCUCCGUACGUCUCUCAUACACAAAAAUAUGCUCAUACAAAGGGUAGUCAUAGGGGGUAGAGUAGGUGUCUUGUCUGUGUAGAUUCCAUUACAACUAGCUGAGAGUGGCACACUUUCAGACCUGGCCGGGAUCACUGGCGUACCCCAUGUGGCUGAGCACUGGUCUAGUUUCUGUUCUGGUUGUAGUACUAGCGCUAGUUAUUGCUAUUCUAUGUUACAUUGUGGGUCGGGUAUUACUGGGUAUUUACUGACUGGCUCUCAACAAUUAAUAAAUGUAAAUUAAAUAAUCAAAAAAUCACAAAUAUUA